AUGGCGAUUCUUUGUUCUGACCCCUUCGGCGUGACCUAUUUCGGCAAGCCUGCCGGCCGCCUAGUCAUCAACUUCAUUGUUCAAGCCGUAGGGCUGCCGUUGCUGAGCCCCUACCUGCAGUCCGUCGGCUCCGACUUCCGGCACAGCGCCAACUUCGCCACACUGGCCUCCACUGCGCUGCUGCCCAACACGUCCGUCUUCGUCACCGGGAUCCAGCUCCGACAGAUGAAGAAGCUCGGCAACUGAGUGCUCACCUCCGGCCGCAGCAGUGGUACAAAUCUCUCGGGGCAACUUCCCCUGCCCGAUGUUCUCGGCAAUUCCUUGUACACCACUAACAUUAUGCAGAAUGAUUUCACCUCCAACCUAGCAUCCCAGGGCAUCAACGCCGUCAAGCAAAUUCCAGUUAUCGCCCAGAUCUCAGGAACAAUAAUGGACUUGUACAGAAUUGGGACUCACAACAUCAUGGUGCUCAACAUGGCCUACCCAGCCUUCCUUGUGAGGCUUCCGCAUAACAGCAACGACCUGGAUGAGUAUGGCUGUAUGUAUGGCAAGUCAAUCGCACAGUUGUUUACACAACAGCCUGCGUUGAUUUUGUACGUCAACGAACAUUCAGUCAUGCCCGAGCUGUUCCAGCAUCCAGAAGCUCAUAGUAAGCUGAAGUAUGGGACCAAGGCUUGCUGCAGAUACGGCAAUGGAGCUUACAAUUUUAAUCCAGAUGUUUACUGUGGUAACAGCAAGGUUUUGAAUAGCAACCUUGUAAGUGCAACGACCUGCAGAGACCCACAGAACUAUGUGAGCUGGGACGGAAUCCAUGUCACAGAAGCUUCAAACAAGCUCAUGUCCACCGCAGUGAUGAAUGGCUCAUACUCAUAUCCACCUUCUGAUCUUCCCAAACUUGGCCAGCCUGCCGUAGCCCGCAGCCCAUGGGUUGUUCAAAGCACUAGCCAGAAAUAG